GUGAUACUUCUGGAGAAUUCAAAGAUUUGUUAGUUGCGCUUGUCACCGGCAGCAAGGAUAGCAGCCGCAAUACCAAUGAUCAGGAGGCUAAGGAUGUGUUUGCCGCUUUCGCUGACCUUUCUGGAACUAGCAUUGAGAAGGCAAUUGAAAAGGAGUUCAGUGGCGACCUACAAAAGAGCUACCUUACUAUCGUCAAGGCCGCAUCCGACAAGCAGAAAUUCUUCGCUGAACAGCUCUACGCCUCCAUGAAGGUAAGACUUCGAGCUGGCAUGGGAUACCGCUGCAUAAUUUAUUCACUUUUGAUUUUAAGGGCCUGGGCACUAGGGACAACGACCU